AUGAACGAUUCAGUUAGUAGCCCGGUCAAGGCCACGUGUCGAGACAUGGCCUUAAAAAGUAGUUUGCAUUCCUUCACGUUCAGUUUGAAAGAUUUCGAUAUCGCAGGGUUUCUGGGAGAUGGGGCCCACGGAAGUGUAUUCCUCGCCUGCGAAAGGAGAACAAAUUUCAUUUGUGUCUUAAAAUGUAUAUCAAAAUCACACCUUGUGAAGAGUACUCAAGAAGCUUUGCUAAGAAAGGAGAUAGAAUUGCAGGCUCAUUUGAAACACCCCCACAUAGCAUGUAUGUAUACAUGGUUCCACACAAGCAGCCAUGUAUUUUUCGUAAUGGAAUAUUGUUCUAAUGGUGAUCUUUUCACUUACCUAAAUGAACAUGGGCCAUUUUCUGAGAAAAGAGUAGCCGAAAUGCUCUUCGAAAUUAUUUGGGCUAUAAGAACAUGCCAUGAUAAAAGAAUAGCACACUUGGAUUUAAAACCAGAAAAUGUAUUAGUCAAUCAUGAAGAGAAAUGUAAAUUAGCUGAUUUUGGACUAUCCGCACAUAUAGGAUCAAAACACAAAAAAAAAGGAAUAUCACAUUAUAGGGGAACACAUGAUUAUUGGUCACCUGAACAAUGUGCUAGACAUCAAAAAAAAAAACAGAAUUUUGGAGAAUUUGAUCAAAAAACAGACAUAUGGACAUUGGGAAUAUUAGCAUUUGAAUUAAAAUUUGGAAGACCACCAUUUGGAUCGACUAAUGAAGAAAGAGAAACAAUUAUUAUGAACAGAAUUCAGGAAUAUCACUGGAGUCAAUUAUUUUGUGAAAAAGUUAAACAAGAUUUAAUUGAUAAGUUAUCACCUGAGUUUAAGGAUUUCCUAAAUUUAUGUCUAGAUAAAAAUCCAAAAAAAAGACCAACAGCAGAAUCAUUAAUUCAACACCCAUUUAUUUUUACGCACAACAAAAAUAGGCCAUGUAUUAAAUCAUAUGCUACCCAACCAAGGGGUAAACAGGGCCCAAAACUUAAUCACAAAGGAUUUAAUGAGCAGGAUGGUUCGUUCCUCACUCCCAUUUGGUUCCACAACAAGGGGUAG